AAUUUAAGGACAAAAAUUUGUAACGAACAACACGGAGCUUUCAGACCAGGUUGAAACCCGGAGGAAUUUUCUUUUUCUUUCUUUCUUUUGAUUUUGAUAAUCUUCUCAGCUGAGUGAAGUGAAGUCCGUGGAGAAACAGAGCCGAAAUGAGCGGCGGAGGUGAAGGAACGACGCUGGAAUUCACCCCGACGUGGGUUGUUGCCGCCGUCUGUACCGUCAUCGUCGCCAUUUCCCUCGCCUUAGAGCGCCUCUUACACUUCCUCGGAAAAUACCUCAAGAAAAAGAACCAGAAGCCGCUCUAUGAAGCUCUUCAGAAAGUUAAAGAAGAAUUGAUGCUUUUGGGGUUUAUUUCGCUUCUGCUCACUGUAUUUCAAGGCGUUAUCUCAAAAUUAUGUGUUCCUGAGAGUUUGACCGAGCAUUUCCUUCCGUGUAAUCUGAAGGAUAAAGCUAAAGCUGAACACGAUUCGCACUCUGGUGAAACUGGUUCGUCAACGACGAAACAUUUUCAAACGUUCUUUGUUUCGAGUAUUUCUGGCUCGGCCAGGCGCCUUCUAUCUGAGGGAUCGGCUGCACAGGCUGGUUAUUGUGGUAAAAAGAAUAAGGUGCCAUUGCUAUCACUUGAAGCAUUACAUCAUUUACAUAUUUUUAUCUUCAUCCUAGCUAUUGUCCACGUGUCAUUUUGCGUUCUCACUGUAGUUUUUGGAGGAUUGAAGAUUCGUCAGUGGAAGCAUUGGGAGGAUUCUAUUGCAAAAGAGAAUUACGAUACCGAACAAGUUCUAAAACCAAAAGUCACCCACGUCCAUCAACAUGCUUUUAUCAAGGACCACUUUUUGGGUAUUGGUAAAGAUUCAGCUCUUCUGGGUUGGUUGCAUUCCUUCCUCAAGCAAUUUUAUGCUUCUGUUACUAAAUCAGAUUAUAUAACGUUAAGGCUUGGUUUCAUUAUGACACACUGCAGGGGCAACCCGAAGUUUAAUUUUCACAAGUACAUGAUACGUGCGCUUGAAGAUGAUUUCAAGCAUGUUGUCGGUAUCAGUUGGUAUCUUUGGAUCUUCGUGGUUGUCUUCUUGUUCCUUAAUGUUAACGGUUGGCAUACAUAUUUCUGGAUAGCAUUCAUUCCUUUCGUUCUUCUGCUCGCUGUGGGAACAAAGCUGGAACAUGUGAUAACCCAGCUGGCUCACGAGGUUGCCGAGAAGCACAUAGCAAUUGAAGGCGAGCUAGUAGUCCAACCAUCUGAUGAUCACUUUUGGUUUCAGCGGCCCCGUUUUGUUCUCUUCUUGAUCCACUUCAUACUAUUCCAAAAUGCUUUCGAGAUUGGAUUUUUCUUCUGGAUAUGGGUUCAAUAUGGCUUUGACUCGUGCAUCAUGGGCCAAGUCCGCUAUAUCAUUCCAAGGCUUAUUAUUGGGGUGUUUAUUCAGGUUCUUUGCAGUUACAGCACCCUACCGCUCUACGCCAUCGUCACUCAGAUGGGAAGUUCUUUCAAGAAAGCAAUCUUUGAUGAACAUGUACAAGUAGGCCUAGUUGGUUGGGCCCAGAAGGUGAAGAAAAGAAAGGGACUUAGAGCAGCUGCCGAUGCCUCCAGCCAAGGAGGCAAGGAAGGUAGUUCUACUGUGGGGGGUAUUCAACUGGGAAGUGCAAUGCGCAAGGCUUCUGCACCUCAAGAAAUUAAGCCUGAUGGCUCCAAAUCCGAUGGUCUGCCUUAGAACAUGGGUCCAAAUCUAAUGAUUAAGCUAAGCUACCCUCUCUCUCUAUUUCAUUUGUCGAGUUGUAUUACACGGUAACCGCUAUGCUUACCUCGUCCUGUAGGAGAAACGUUGAAGCGUUUCGAUAUACAGUAAAAUUUUUAGCAGUGGAACAGUCUUAUUAUCCAUGACUUGUAUCUUGUCUCACAUUGAUGAUCUAUUUAGGGUGUUGAAUUUGUGAACUUUGAUGCUGUGUUUCUUUCAGCAAGAGGUUCACCUUGUAAAAGUAUAAAAAAAAUGUAUGAUAUUGAUGUUGUCUACUUUUGGUCUA